AAAACCUAAAACGUAUUAACGUUACAAGAAUGUCAUCCAACAGAGGCGCGUCGUCCAAGGUCGAGGUUGCCGCCGACAAGACACUCUCGGCGUCGAUACUUUCGAGAAAAACAGCGCGAGUAUCGCCGCAAGUUUUAUGCUGACGGGGUGAUUGUCAAAGCACAGUUCGAGCACCUUCAGUCGAUCCUUGAUGGCCUUCAAGCCAGCAUGCCGCCGCCGCCGCGUGAAGCAAGCGAUGGUCCGUUGUCGUGGCAUUCCAUUGCAACCGUAUUCAAACGAGAAGCCCAUCGUGUCUUGACAGACCGUCAGUCACUGGUCUCUCAAACGCAAGAGUAUCAAUCGCUCACGAACGCCAUGCAACGCUUUGCCACAAUGAACAUUCCGCCGCCCAUGUCCCGCAGCAAUGUGUGGCACAGCGCGACAUUGGUGGCCGACGCGCGUGCUCGAAACCUGGGCAAGGAGUGGCUCACACAGCAACUGUAUCACAACAUACACGAGCCGUUCACGUUGCUUCCUGCCGUGAGCUAUGACGAGGAGUUUUUCCAAUUUGACUUUCAAGCGUCGGAUCAACCAUUUACGUGUAUGGAGCGGAUGCAGUACACGUGGCCAGGCACGGUGCAAAUGUUUCGACGCUUGGUCGAGUCCAACAUGCAGGCGGUGAUCUUUCACAACCAUGUGGUGGAAGAGAAAACAGCCAACACGCGACUGUUUCACACGACUAGUCGCAAAGGCUCGUUCAUAAACUGGCUGCAAGGACACUUCGUCGAAGCCAACCGGUUCAUUCUGGUCAUGUGCCAAGUCGAACACGACGAAGCGCAUGUGUGUGACCCGGUCCAGAAGCAGCAGCAUUACAUGUCGUGGACCGAGGUGCGGCAGGUAUCGCCAACGCACAUUUUGCUGCGCUUUGUGAGCCAUAUUUCGCACUUAUUUCGAGCCAACGACGGGUUUGUGAGUGUGGACGAGAUUGCGGCGGUGAGGGGCAUCGACAUCACGGGUAUUCAGGACGAAGACCAUAAGGUUGCGUACGUGCGGCGCGAAGUGUUCCGACGGGGGAAGGCGGACUUGUUGCCUUGGCGACAACAUUUCAUGGACUUGAUGCACCAGACUGCGAUAAACUAGUUGUUGCUUUGUUUAGCACACACUAUAGAUGGCGUAACAGUCUCAUAAUUUCACACAAAAAUACAUUUGAAGGCAUACAAAUGUAACACUCGACUGUUU